AUGAAUGAGCACUUGACGCGCCAUCACCCAGGUGUAUUUCGGAAGACAACAGGGAACAACAAGCUAGUGGAUUGCAUCUUCUGUCAGGGAUUUUCGAGCAGCAUUCCGUCGUCCGUGCAGAUCCUGACCGGCUCGUGCGUUUUUGUUCCGUGCACAUUCACCUUAGACCCGUAUUAUGACUACUACCUGGACGACACCUGUGCAGUCGUUUGGAAGUCCUUAGACACAUAUACGGAAGUGUUCCACUCCAAGCGGACGAAGGAGGAGAGUGCCAAGUUAAACUUACUGCAGGGAAAUGUUGUUGGGAAUGUGCUGGAAAAAAACUGUAGCACCAUCCUGGAACCCAAGUCGUCAGAGUACGCCGGCUCGUAUUACUUCAGUCUGCAGUGCUACAGAAUUCAUCUCGAUUUUUUGAAGACAUUUGUUAGAUGGGACUUUCCAGACUCAGUGCCAAAACCCACUAUCAAACCUACAACGCUGGAGGUUAUGGAGGGUACCACGAUGGCCUUAAAGUGUCAAGCGCCAGUUUUUUGCCCGACGUCACCCCCGCUGUUGACCUGGGCGCCAGAGUUAGGCACUGUCAAGGAGGAAGUGGACGCAAAUGUCACAGCGGUCAUGACUUUUGACACCACUUAUUUGCACGACAAUGUUGAUGUGACUUGCAGCGCCGUCUACAGGAGGCAAGAGGGAUAUGCUGAGCUUUCCACGGAACAGGCGUUGAUGCUUCGAGUUAAAUAUGCUCCUAAGGACACGUCAGUUUCGGCAUCGCCACCUGGCUCUUGGCCCGACGGCAGCACAGUCACUUUAAAGUGCAACGGUGUGGCCAACCCGCCAAUCACUGACGUCAACUGGUACCGCGUGAACAAUCGCGGUGCGACACUGGUGGGUUCGGGCAAAGAGAUCACCUUUAUUGCCACCAAGCUCUCAGAGGACAGCUAUUAUUGUGAAAACCACAACAUCCACGGAGCGCAGUCUGCCGAGCCCCUCACCGUCGAUGUCACAUUCGCCCCCGAGUUCCUGAGUACUUCCGACUGCCAAGCCAUGUCGAACGGCAUUCAGUGUUCCUGUAUCAGCCAGGCCAACCCGCCGCCUUCGCUGCAGUGGAAACUGUUGGGAGUGUUGGUCGAGAACUCCAACCAGCAAACCGUCACAGAGCAGUCCCUCGACAAGUUCACUCGCAAAACCGUCAUCAUCUUUAAGAGCCUGGACAGUGGAACUUCUCUGGUUUGCGUCAGCCACAACCAGUUUGGACCUGACCUGCUAGCUUUCAACGUGCCUCACUCAGAUGUGACGACUGUGGUGUGUUCUGUUGUUGGAGUGCUGGUUCUGCUGAUAUUGAUUCUCCUGCUUUUGUACAUUUGGAAGAAACCCGAAUUCAACUUCCCAGCGAGGUGGAGACAGGCAAAUAGGAAACCCAAAUUCAACUUCCCUGCGAGGUGGAGACAGGCAAAUACGAACACAGGCGAUAUAGCCACCACCAAGAGCAACGUUUCCCAUGUGGAUAACAUCAGCAUGACCAAACUGCGGUCCCUACACUCUGACCAAGUCCAACUGCAUCCUAUGGGUAGCGAUUUAAAACCCGAACCCAAACCAGAUCCAGAGGAGGAAAAGGUGGCAGACUCCAACGUUGCAGCCCGAAAUUCUCGGUGUUAA